GUAUAAUUCAUAACUUUUUGGUUAUUAUCAAAAUUUUAAUAAAAAUUCUGAUGUCAUACUUUAAAAAAUCACAAAAGAGGACUAUUCCGUUACCAACCGUUGCUGAUGACGUUAUUCUGGCCAUUCAGGCCAUGGAUUUAAGUCAAUCGCUUAUCAGUAACAAAGAAAACAAUUAUAAGAUUAAAGAUGAAAAAAGUGAUACAAAUGAAGACAAUAAUUCAAAUACAACUGAACUGAACAGUUAUAGUGGAUCUCUUACACCAACAACGAGCACAUGUAGUACUAGUGAAUCGGUGAAAACACGUAACCCGAAGUGUGCCCGCUGUCAAAAUCAUGGCGAAGAAGUUUUAGUUAAAGGUCACAAACGAAAAUGUAAACACAGAGAAUGUAUUUGUGAGAGAUGUAUACUGACUGUCGAAAGACAAAAAUUAAUGGCAAAGACUAUUCGUGUCAAACGAAGGGCUAAGGAAGACAUGAUUGACCCGAAUAUGACGGACGACCAGAGAUUCCCGAAACCCGUCUUUAAAAAACAUAGAUCUGAAAUUUCUGAAACGGAUAGAGAAAGUGCUUACAAUAGUGACAGCGAUAAAAACAAAGAUAUGGACACAAAACUUAAGGAAUACUUUUCAAUGAUUGAAAAUGAAAUCAAAAAAACUUAAAGAAAUGGUUUUUGACCACAAAUUAACUUUAGCUGAUAUUGAAGAUGAAUUGAUUGCACUCAAGAAUAACAUCAAUCAUUUUAUUAAAGAGAGAAUUCAGUCUAAAAAUAAUUACAAAAAUAUGCCAUUUAAUGGUAAUCCUAUAAUCGGUAGUCCGAUAGCACCGACUAACAGCACACCUACCAUUCCAACGGUAAUACAGCCAAUGAAUCAUCAUUUCCAUCCCUUUGAAAGCACUUAUCUGAGAGGAUCCACAAUCUCUGGUUCCGAGUCUAACAACAA